CCCCGGGCGCUCCGCGGGCGGUGCCGCCGCUCCCCGCUGCCGUUUCCCAGCGCCCCGCGCGGCGACGCCCGGCCCGGCCCGGCGCGGCCCUGGGGAGGAAGCGCGGAGUCGCCUCCGGGCCCGGGCGCUCCCCGCCAUGCCGCUGCUGAUCAACGGGGAGCGGGUCGACCUGGCGCGGCCCACGGGGGACAUGAUCCGCGCGUACCCGCACCUCGAGGAAAAGGCAAAACUUCUGAGAAGUCAGCCUGCCCAAAUUGUGGAACCCAAAGGUCUUCUCUAUGUCCAGCAGAGAGAGUUUGCAGUGACGACCCCUAAAGAUGGUUCAGUUUCCAUUCUUGGAUCAGAUGAUGCAACUACCUGCCAUAUAGUUGUGCUCCGACACACAGGCAGUGGAGCCACCUGCUUGACACACUGUGAUGGGUCAGACACAGAAGCUGAGGUGUCGCUCAUCAUGAGUUCAGUAAAAUCUCUCUCUGACACCCCAGGAUGUGGAAGGUCAGCUCUGCUCUUACUUCUUGUGUACUGGUUUUCACAAAGGUUACUGCAGUUUGUAAGGCUGGAAGUGCACCUAGUUGGAGGUUUCAAUGAUGAUAGGCAGUUAUCACAAAAACUUACUAAUCAGCUUCUUAGAGCGUUCGAUCUCCAGCCAGAUGAUGUUCAUCUAGUGACUUUCUGCGUAACAGAGCUAAAUGACAGAGAAGAAGAGGAUAUUCACUUUCCAAUCAUUUACGGAAUAGCUGUGAAUGUCAAAACAGCAGAGAUUUUCCCUGCAACCUUCCCAGAAAAAGGGCCGGAUGAGGAUUUGCGUUCAGCCCAUGUUUUAACAGGAGCAACGCUGACAAACAUCUAUGAUGCAAAGAUGGAACAACUGCACAUUGGGCCUUAUUUCUGGAGGCCUUUCCCACAUGUGGAUUUCUGGUUGCAACAAGAUGAUAAACAGAUUUUACAGAAUCUUUCCACAUCGCCCCUGGCUGAGCCGCCCCACUUUGUCUCCCACAUUAGAUCUACACUAACAUUUCUAAAAGAACACCCCUUUCCAUCUCGCUCCCUGUUUCCUGACAGAAAACCUCGCAUCUACAAAAAAAAUGAAGAAGGGUUAUGGGAACAGGUUUGUUCUGACAAGAUCUAACCUGGAACCAAACACCAUGACUGCUUUAGGAAAGCAGAGUCUUGCCAGCAGAGCCAUGUGUCGCAGAAAGCGAACUGCUGGUCACCAAUACCAGUGUCCUGCACUUUUCAAAAUAAAGUAUUUUGCCAGAAGGAA